ACUAAACAGGGCCAUAAUAUAAUAGAUUGUUCCCAUGUCAAAUCUCAAGUAUACUUGCCCUAAUUAAGUUAAAGAAAAAUAAAUAGGGCCCAACUACAUGAGCCAGAUGUUUUUUUACAGAGGCCCAUCUGAAAACUUUUGGCCCACGAGGCCUGGAGGCUGUCGUGCUCUUUUCUGGCCCGUCUGCGCGAGCGCGAUGAGCCCUUGCCGUAGUCCUCCUCCUCUGCCGCCUCCGGCCGGCGUGUCCAUCUCCGAUCUGCACAGGUUGAUUUCAGCCCUUGCCGUUGCCGGCGAUCUGCACAGGUUGAUUUCAGCAGAAACAGUAUAAAUUUGAGACUGACUAAUGUACCCAACAUCAAGCUGCAUCAUCCCAUACAUAGGCUUAAAAUUUACACAUCUAAAAAAUAUUCAGUCCAAUCCAAUGUUUGCCUUCAACUGCGACGCCCCUGCAUGUAAUUCUUCUUUCAAAUAUUAUUACAGUCUUCCUUAUUUUCUAUUUAUGGACCAAUAUUUUGCUCCGUCUAUUGUCCCUCUCAUCCACAGCUAAAAAUAGCCAAAAUCAAACGCUCCUCCUCCUCCUCCUCUGCCAUGCGUGAAGCAUUGCCCUUCACUGUCUCACAGCCACACUGAAGAAUUGAUGCCCCUCCCCAUGCAGAGCAACCAUUCCCCAGAACACACAAGAUCACAAUCGAUCGAUCCAAUUCCAUUGCAAACAGCAGCAACCAAUGCAAUGCAAUGCAGCAAUGGCGCAACCUAGGUUAGGUAGCCGACAGAUCAUCACUUAGCCAAGCGUCCAAUUCUAGCAGAGAGCGAGAUGACGGCGGUGGCGAACCUGUCGUCGGGGGCGCUGGAGUCGACGGUGAAGCCGGUGGCGGCGGCGUGCUACGACAACAACCUGGUGAACUCGCAGGGCAUGUUCCUGGGCGACCAGCCGCUGCGCUUCUCCCUGCCGCUCCUCCUCGUGCAGGUCUCCGUCAUCCUCGUCCUCUCCGCGGUCGCCAACCUCGUGCUCCGCCGGCUCGGCCAGUCGCGCUUCAUCACCCACAUGCUCGUCGGCAUCUUGUUAGGCCCCACCGUGCUGGGCCGGAGCGCGUCCUUCCGCGACGUCCUCUUCUCCGAGCGCGGUACCUACAUCCUCGAGAGCGUGUCCCUGGUGGCGCUCAUCCUCUUCCUCUUCUCCAUGGGCGUCAAGACCGACCUCAGCCUCCUCCGCCGCCCCAGCGGCCGCGCCGUCGCUGUCGGCAUCAUGGGCGCCGUCGUCCCGCUCGCCGUCACCCUGCCCGUCUUCCACGCGCUCCAGCCCACGCUUCCCGAGGACCUGCGGGGCUCUUCGCUCAUCACCGAGCUCGCCGUCCGCCUCUCCCUCUCCUCCUUCCCCGUCAUCGCCGACGCGCUCUCCGACCUCGACCUCCUCAACACCGACCUCGGCCGCAUCGCGCUCACGGCGUCGCUCAUCACCGACGUCACCUCCUGGUUCAUCCGCGCCUGCACCGCCGCGGUCAUCCUCAUCGGCGAUGCAAGGUCGCCGGCCUUCACCGCCAAGAUCCUCGCUUCCUUCGUCGCGUUCGUGCUCUUCGUCGGCUUCGUCGCGCGCCCCGUCGGCCGGUACAUCGCGUACAAGCGCACCCCGACGGGGGCGCUCCUCUCCGAGGGCUCCUUCGUGGUGGUGGUCAUCGCGGCGCUGCUGUCGGCGCUGGUGACGGACGCCAUCGGGUUCAAGUACAUGAUCGGGCCCAUGAUGCUGGGGCUGGCGCUCCCCGGCGGCAUGCCCAUCGGCGCCACCAUGACGGAGCGCCUCGACUCCUUCUUCAUCGCGCUCUUCCUCCCCGUCUACAUGGCGCUGUCCGGCUACCGCACCGACCUCGCCGAGGUCACCAAGGCGGAGGCGUCGGAGAAGUGGUGCGCGCUGGAGCUGUUCGUGGCGCUCUGCGUGUCGGGCAAGCUCGUCGGCUGCGUCGCCGCGGGGCUCUUCUUCACCAUGCCGUUCCGCGACGCCGUCGUGCUGGCGCUCAUGCUCAACAUCCGUGGCAUCGUGGAGGUGGCGGCCAUCAACAACUGGGGCGACACCAUGAAGGCGACGGCGGAGCACUACUCGACGCUCACCAUGUCCAUGGUGCUCAUCACCGCCGUGUCCACGCCGCUGAUCAAGCUGCUGUACGACCCGUCGGGGCAGUUCGCGAGGGCGAAGCGGCGGUCGCUGGAGCACGCGCGGCUGAGCGCCGACCUCCGCGUGCUCACCUGCCUCUACAGCGAGGACCACGCGGCGCCGCUGAUCGACCUGCUGGAGGCGACGGGUUCGUCCCGCGACUCGCCCAUGUCGCUCAUCGUGCUCCACCUGACGGAGCUCGUCGGGCGCGCCGCGUCGGUGCUGAAGCCCCACCGGAAGAGCACGAGGUCGUCCAACAGCGGCAACCCGACGCCGUCGGACCGGAUCGUGAACGCGUUCCGUUACUUCGAGCAGCAGGCGGCGCCGGGGGCGGUGACGGUGAGCCCGUACGUGGCGCAGGCGCCCUUCAGCUCGAUGCACCACGACGUGUGCUCGCUGGCGCACAGCCGGAAGGCCAACCUCAUCCUGCUGCCGUUCCACAAGUCCUCCGACGGCGCGCGGAGCACGGCGAACAACGCCAUCCGGUCCAUCAACCGGAGCGUGCUGCAGUACGCGCCCUGCUCCGUCGCCAUCCUCGUGGACCACGGCCUCGCGUCCGGGUCGGCGUGCGCCACCGCCGCCAACAGCCUGCUCCAGCGCGCCGCGCUCUACUUCCUGGGCGGCGCCGACGACCGCGAGGCGCUGGCGUACGCGGCGCGGAUGCCGGAGGCCGGGACCAUGUCGCUGACGGUGGUGCGGUUCAAGCUCCGGAACUGGGUCGGGAUGGGCGGGCAAGACGAGGCGCGGGACGAGGAGCUGCUGCAGGAGUUCUGGGCCAGGCACAGGGACAACGAGCGGGUGGUGUACGUGGAGAAGACGGUGGAGGACGCGGAGGGCACCGCGUCGGUGGUGCGCGCCAUGAGCGAGAAGUUCGACCUGCUCAUCGUGGGGCGGCGUGGCGGGGAGGCCGAAAGCGACCCGGAAGGGUCCACGGCGCUCACCAGCGGGCUGUCGGAGUGGAGCGAGUUCCCGGAGCUGGGGGUGAUGGGGGACAUGCUCGCCUCCGCGGAGUUCGCGUCCAAGGUCUCCAUCCUCGUCAUCCAGCAGCAGCCGCCCAAGAAAACCGUCGCCGCCGCAAGCAACGUCAAUGAUUAGCUUAAUUACAAGGAUCUCCAUCGAUCGUCGUUUUUUUUUUAUUUCCUCUGCUUUCGCUGCUGAAAUUUUGCGAACCUUUUCGCUUGUAUUUGUGAUCAUCAGUUCAUCUGCUAGGACUAGGAAACAUGUUUUAGACGACUGCAUACAAAAGUGUAGAGUGCUACUAAUUUGAACAUCGAUAUAUUAUGUGAUUACAAGUAUAAAUUCAUUUAUGAUACCUCUGAUCAGUUCCUUGUUUACC